UGUUUUGAAACAAGAUGUUAAACUGUUUGGUUAGAGCUGUGGUUAAAUGAUGUGGGUAAUAAAUCAAAUCAUUUUAUAAUUUUCAGACGUGAAAAAAUAAAAUUCUUAUGAAAAUGCUUCCCAUACAUGCCUGCAUGAAACUGUUGUAUGAGAAUGAAGAGUUGCAUAAAAAACUGAAAAGGCUUCAUGAAAAAAAUCAAGUUUUAGAAAACAAACUUUCUCAGAUUCAGGGGACCCUGCACCCACAAGAACGGAUGCAUGUUUCCAGUGCAGCCAGAGAUGCACAGGUACAGACAGAGUCAAAGAUUAGACACAUCGCUAGCAGCAAAGAAGAUAAAGUAGCAGUGGAUGUUGGAAACAAUAGGGCAUUUCAAAUGUACAAUACUCUUUUCAAACGCUACCAGAAAGAAAUUAAAAUAAGAAAGGAACAGAAUGAAAUGAUUCUUGAACUUACUGAGAAAACUCAAAAAUUAGAACUUCAACUUCAAGAUGCAAAACAGAGAAUACAACAACUGGAGAAGCUGCCAAUUUCAAAAAAGGAGAGUUCUAGCUGUCCAAGGAGACAUGUAGUAAAAGGAAGCCCCUCAUCUUCUAAAUGGAGAUCAAAACAGCAAAGCUGCUCAAGCAGCCACUUAGAACUGUUGCUAGAGAGUGAACGGCUAAGAAAUGAAAAUCUGAAAAUUGCAAAAGAGAACAAAAUGCUGAAAAAUGAAUUGGCAGGUUUGGAUAAGGGAUUUUUUGAUGAGAUAGAAGAUCUGAAAUAUGCACUUCAAGAGUCUGUUAAACUCAACAAGGAAUAUGAAAAAUGCUUUCAGUGUAUCUCUGCAAAAUAUGGGCUUACAUUCUUACAGCCACAUAGAAAUCUUAAAUAAUACAGUAUGAAAAUGCCAAGCUAUGUUCUACAGUAAUAUGGAUAUUGAUGAAUGAAGAGCAGAUUGCAGUAAUUAAGGACUUGCAAAUGCUGCAGCUGGUAUUAUUUGUCUAUGUGUUUUCCUUUUUUUUCCUUGUCAGUGGUCAUUAAUUGCUGACAGACUUCAAAUAAGUCAUAUGAGGUCCUGUGCAAUUCAGGAUAUGAUGAAUUGGACAGAGAUGUUAAGUAGUUUUAUUGCUUCUUUUUCAGCAGCCCAUAUGCACAUUACUUUGAUGUGGCUGUAGAAUUAAUGGACUUGUCCUUUCAUAGUAAAUAUUUUGUGGUAUCCUGUCUUAGAUUGAAGAAUGUAGAUGGUACAUUUUCCUUGUACGUUGUAUUUGAGAUGGUGUUUAGCACUUUAUUGCUAAAACAACUGCAGCCUGGAAGAACUGUACGAGGUAGUUUUGUGUGAUUAUUAAGAAGUUUCUCUAAAGGAAUUUAUGAACAUCAUUGCUGGUGUAACACUGGUGUCAUACAGCUUGCUGAUAUUAAGAUUGUCAGAACUUUGAAUAGUGAUGGUGGAGUGGAGUAGAUAAGUGAUGCCUUUCUUUGUUGUGAAGUUGCUUGGCUUUUUAGUUGCAAGUUUCACUUUGAGCAGAUUGUUGCAACAUAUAACUGCAGUUAUUUUUGAUGAUUUUUAGAUGGCAGUCUUUGUUCAAAGAAAACAGCAAGCUUUCCCAAAAGUCUUCAUGUGGAUCCACCCCUGGGUAAUCUAUUUAUGAAAGUAUGGAAAGUAAUCCUCAUUUCUUGUAUAGAUUUUCCCCACCACAAUUACAUGUGGUCUGGUAAAAGUCUUAUCCAUUCAUUCAUUAUACCUAACAGCAAUAAAAUGUCUUAAGUACUGGAUGCAAAUCUU